AUGGAUUCUCAUGAUCGCCCUCUCUUGCCCGUGGGAGUCAGAUUCAGACCUACUGAUCAACAACUUCUUCAAUAUCUACUUUGGAAGAUUCAUGACCAACCAUAUUUCAAACGUGCAGUCUUGGACUGUGAUCUUUAUGGAGAUAUGGAGCCAUGGGAAAUCUGGCUACGUUUUGGAGGCACCGACGGCGAAAAUCUCUAUUUCUUCACCAAACUCAAGAGGUCCACCAAUAACUCUGGACGUUUGUCGGUGCAUAUCAACCGCAAGGUCGGCUUGACCAACGGUACAUGGAGUGGUGAGAACUCGGCUAAUCCAAUUUUUGCUGCCAAAACCGAUAAAACAAUAAUCGGCUAUUGCAAACGCUUUAGGUACGAGAAUGCCCAAUUGCCCGAGCAUCAUGGGGAAUGGAUUAUGCAUGAAUAUAGCUUGCAUCAAGAUUCGAUACAACAAGCUAACGAACCUGAAGCACUUGCGAUAGCUGAUUAUUUGUUUAUCGGUCUUGGUAGCAAAAAUUGGUUUGACCAGGUUCUCGCCACUCCAUGUAUCAUUGGCCAAGCCAAUCUUGCUGUUGAUAUGGGCCCACAGAUGUUCGGAGUUAUUGGUCAGGCACUUGAGUUUGAUGAAGAAAUAGAGAUGUUUGCGUCGAUGAGUCCAAAACGUAGCCAGAUUUUUCAUGGCUCAAUUCCUCCGUAA